CUCUCUCUCUCUCUCCAUGUGAUUGCUUUUGAUUUGCCAAAAAACAAUGGAAUGAAAUCAUUCAUUCAUUCAUUCAUUCAUUUCACACCCUUUUUCUCCAAAAACCCUCAUCAUCAACCCUCAUCACUCUCACUCUUCCUUCCUCUCUACUCCUUCUCUCUCUAGAAUUCCAAUCCACCUCUUGCGAUUCAAUUUCUAUUCCCAAUUCUGAAUUUGGUCGAUUCUUAUUGCUCUCUGUUUCUCAAUUUCGUUGAUCAAUUGGUUUCUGCGAUUGAAUUUGGUUCGUUUGAUCUGCAUGGAGGCUUAUCGUUGAAUCAAACAUCGUUUUGGAUCCAAUCGGAGGAGCAACAGCGCCAUUAGAUAAUGGCGCUGUUCAGAAGGUUCUUCUAUCGGAAGCCGCCUGAUCGUCUUCUCGAGAUUUCCGAACGCGUCUACGUGUUCGAUUGUUGCUUCUCCACUGACGUAUUGGAAGAAGAUGAAUUCAAAAUUUACAUGGGUGGCAUUGUAGCUCAGCUGCAGGACCACUAUCCGGAUGCUUCUUUCAUGGUUUUUAACUUUAGAGAAAAGGAAAGGAGGAGCCAAAUUUCGGAUUUAUUGUCUCAGUAUGACAUGACAGUGAUGGAUUAUCCUAGGCAUUAUGAAGGGUGUCCACUGUUACCAUUAGAGAUGAUUUACCACUUCCUUCGGUCCAGUGAGAGCUGGUUGUCAUUGGAGGGUCAACAAAAUGUACUGUUGAUGCACUGCGAAAGGGGAGGAUGGCCUGUGCUUGCAUUUAUUCUUGCUGGUCUUCUGUUGUACCGAAAACAGUAUAGUGGUGAGCAGAAGACUCUUGAAAUGGUAUACAAGCAAGCUCCUAGGCAACUUCUUCAUCUUUUGUCUCCUUUAAAUCCACAACCUUCUCAGCUGAGAUAUCUUCAGUACAUUUCCAGACGGGAUUUGGGUUCAGAUUGGCCACCAUCAGAUACUCCCUUAGAUUUGGAUUGUAUUAUUCUUAGAGUUAUUCCCUUGUUUGACGGAGGAAGGGGUUGCCGACCGGUUGUUCACAUUUAUGGUCAGGACUCUUCUUCUACCACAGCCACUAAAAGUUCAAAGCUUCUGUUUUCGACUUCCAAGACAAAGAAACGUGCUCGCCAUUACCAACAGGAAGAGUGUGAACUAGUGAAAAUAGAUAUUCAUUGUCGUGUUCAAGGGGAUGUUGUUCUUGAGUGCAUCCACUUGGACAAUGACCUAGUAAGGGAGGAAAUGAUGUUCAGAGUUAUGUUCCACACUGCAUUUGUCCGUUCAAAUGUUUUGAUGUUGAAUCGUGAUGAAGUUGAUGUUUUGUGGGGUGCAAAGGACCAGUUUCCAAAGGAGUUCAAAGCAGAGGUUAUCUUUUCGGAUGCUGAUGCAGUUCUACCUAUCAUCACCACAGAAAGUGAAGAUGAGGAUGAAGAAGAAAGUGCUUCCCCUGAAGAAUUUUUUGAGGUCGAGGAGAUCUUCAGUAAUGUAGUAGAUGGGCAGGACAGAAAGGGGAACUUGGAUACUCAUAUAGUUCUUGAGGAGAAUAAUAAAGUAGUUCUUGAGGAGAAUAAUAAAGUAAUUUGGACUGAGGCUUUGGAGCCUCAUGCAUUUGAAGACUGUGCAUCGGAUGAUGGAAAUCACAAACAGGAUGGGGGUUUUUAUUCUAAAUCUAGUUCAGCUGAAGUCAUUGCAUUUGAUGAUAGGGAUGAGUCAGGUUCCAUAAUCAUGAUUGCUGAUGUGCCCAGCAGUUUAGAGAGCAAGGUAGUAACUGCAGAUAUGAAUGGCAAGUUAGAAGAGAUGGAGAAUAGACAAGAAAGAGAAGACUCUGCUAUGCAGAAGAACUUAGAGAGGCAGGAUUCACAGCAGAAGUUGAGUGCUCAUAUUAGUAGACAAAAAUCUGAUGAGUCACUUCCACCCACACCAGAGGUAGUAACUGCAUAUAUGAGUGGCAGGCUAGAAGAGAUGGAGAAUGGACAAGAAACAGAAGAAUCUGGCAUGCAGAAGAACUUAGAAAGGCAGGAUUCACAGCAGAAGUUGAGUGCUCAUAUUAGUGGACAAAAAUCUGAUGAGUCACUUCCGUCCAUACCAAAGGUAGUAACUGCAGAUAUGAGUGGCAAGCUAGAAGAGAUGGAGAAUAGACAAGAAACAGAAGAAUCUGCUAUGCAGAAGAACUUAGAAAGGCAGGAUUCAGAGCAGAAGCUGAGUGCUCGUGUUAGUAUACAAAAAUCUGAUCAGUUACUUCCACCCACACCAAAGGUAGUAACUGCAGAUAUGAGUGGCAAGCUGGAAGAGAUGGGGAAUAGACAAGAAACAGAAGACUCUGCUAUGCAGAAGAACUUAGAAAGGCAGGAUUCACCGCAGAAGUUGAGUGAUCAUAUUAGCAGACAAAAAUCUGAUGAGUCACUUCCAGCCAUGCCAAAGGUAGUAACUGCAGAUAUGAUUGGCAAACUUGAAGAGAUGGAGAAUAGACAAGAAACAGAAGACUCUGCUAUGCAGAAGAACUUAGAAAGGCAGGAUUCACAGCAGAAGUUGAGUGUUCAUAUUAGCAGACAAAAAUCUGAUGAGUCACUUCCAGCCACGCCAAAGGUAGUAACUACAGAUAUGAGUGGCAAGCUAGAAGAGAUGGAGAAUAGACAAGAAACAGAAGACUCUGCUAUGCAGAAGAACUUAGGAAGGCAGGAUUCACAGCAAAAGUUGAGUGCUCAUACCAGCAGACAAAAAUCUGAUGUGUCACUUCCAGCCACUCCAAAGGUAGUAACUGCAGAAAUGAGUGGCAAGCUAGGUGAGACAGAGAAUAGACAAGAAACAGAAGACUCUGCUAUGCAGAAGAACUUAGAAAGGCAGGAUUCACAGCACAAGUUGAGUGCUCAUAUUAGUGGACAAAAAUCUGAUGAGUCACUUCCACCCACACCAAAGGUAGUAACUGCAUAUAUGAGUGGCAAGCUAGAAGAGAUGGAGAAUGGACAAGAAACGGAAGAAUCUGGUAUGCAGAAGAACUUAGAAAGGCAGGAUUCACAGCAGAAGUUGAGUGCUCAUAUUAGUGGACAAAAAUCUGAUGAGUCACUUCCGCCCACACCAAAGGUAGUAACUGCAGAUAUGAGUGGCAAGCUAGAAGAGAUGGAGAAUAAACAAGAAGCAGAAGACUCUGCUGUGCGGAAGAACUUAGAAAGGCAGGAUUCACAGAAGAACUUGAGUGCUCAUAUUAGCAGACAAAAAUCUGAUAAAUCACUUCCACCCACACCAAAGAAACAACAACCUUCAAAUGGAAAAACAGCUGCAGAUUUAUCUCCUACAAAACAAAAAAUUAAACAGCCAGAACAUCAGGGCAGUAUUGCAAGGCAGGCAAAGCCAAAUACGGUGUCUCGGUGGAUUCUUCCUGACAAAUCUUACACUAAUUCAAUGUAUGUACCUUAUCCACCAUCAAGAUAUAACAGCGCACCUCCUGCACUGGCCCUUGAAAAGGAUUCUCAUGCAGAUGGAAAAUCGAAGGCUUCUGCUGCUAAUGAUGCCUCUGGAGCUGUGGUUGCAACUGAUGAUACUCCUGAAUCUGGAAGUCAUAUGGUGGUUUAUUGGAGAAAUGCAGACAGUGAACCACUGAAACCCAUUUCCUAUCCACCGUCUUUGCAUAUGCCACCACUUCAAGUUGCUUCUUCUCCCUCUUCAACUUCAACACUUAAAGUUGUUCCCCCUCCCCCUCCCCCUCCCCCUCCAUCUUUCAAAAACUCUUCAAAUGUCCUUUUCCCACAGGAUCCUGCAAUACUUCCACAAGCAGUAGCAAGGCAAGCCUCUCCACCUUCUCCAGCUUCCCCUCCACCCCCCUUUUCUAGCUUUUUAUUGCAUACUUCUUCGUCUAAAUUUUCGUUGCCACCUGCUUCCACUAUGCAAGUGAAAGCAAAGAGUAUUCCCCCACCUCCUCCACCACCCCCACCACCACCAUCGUCUACUAAGUGUACCCUCUAUCCUAGUGCGCCAGAAUUUGAUGUGUCAGAACUUGAGACUCUUUUCUCUGCCACAGUCCCAAAGUCUAAUGCCGGAGGUAAAUCAGGAGACCGGCUGAAGCCCGCUGGAUCUAAAACUGACAAAGUCCACCUGGUUGAUUUAAGGAGGGCCAAUAACACUGAAAUUAUGCUCACAAAAGUAAAGAUGCCGCUUUCUGACAUGAUGGCUGCAGCACUAGCAAUGGAUGAGUCAAUUUUAGAUGCUGAUCAGGUGGAAAAUCUUAUAAAAUUCUGUCCUACUAAAGAAGAAAUGGACCUUCUUAAGGGCUACACUGGUGACAAGGAGAUCCUGGGGAAAUGUGAACAGUUCUUUUUGGUGCUGAUGAAGGUGCCACGUGUGGAGUCUAAACUAAGAGUGUUUCUUUUCAAGAUUCAGUUCAAUUCUCAGAUAUCAGAUUUUAAGAAGAGUUUAAACACUGUGAACUCCUCAUGUGAAGAGGUUCGAAAUUCCCUCGAAUUGAAGGAAAUCAUGAAGAAAAUCUUAUUUCUGGGGAACACAUUAAAUCAAGGAACUGCGAGAGGUUCUGCAGUUGGAUUCAAGUUGGACAGUCUUUUAAAACUUACUGAUACACGUGCUUCCAACAGCAGGAUGACACUGAUGCACUAUCUUUGCAAGGUCCUUGCUGCCAAGUCACCAGCCCAGUUGGGUUUUCAUCAAGAUCUUGUUAGUCUGGAAGCUGCAUCGAAGAUACAAUUGAAGUCCUUAGCAGAAGAGAUGCAAGCUAUUAUCAAAGGAUUAGAAAAGGUAAAGCAGGAGCUGGUUGCAUCUGAAAAUGACGGCCCUGUAUCUGAAGUUUUCCAUAAGACAUUGAAGGAAUUCAUUGGUACUGCUGAGACAGAGGUGGCAUCUGUAACAAAUUUGUAUUCAGUGGUGGGUAGAAACGCAGAUGGACUAGCCCUUUAUUUCGGUGAGGACCCUGCCCGUUGCCCAUUUGAACAAGUUACUGUGACCCUCUUAAACUUUGUGAGGUUGUUCCGGAAAGCUCAUGAUGAGAACUGUAAACAGGCCGAAUUGGAGAAGAAGAAAGCUCAGAAGGAGGUUGAAAUGGAGAAGGCAAAGGGAAUUAAUCUAACAAAGAAGAGUGGAAAUAGCUGACAUUGUUUGCUUUAGUCCCCACCAGGGGGAGUUGUCGAGUUCUUGCAUCAAAGGUCUGAUGGGUCUUCAAAGACUGGCAAGGAGCGCCCCUCUAUCCAGUAUUUUUGUAAUAUGUAUGCCUUUUAGGUUGUGUUUGGAUCUUGGAUUUGUGAAAGAUUUCUGGAGGGCAAGAAAAGGGGAAGGGAAAAGUGAAUGAAAUAGAAGAUAAAAUCUUGUGACAUUACUCUUCCCUUUUCUAUUCCCUCCGUAAAUCCUUCCAAACAUAACGUUAAGGGGAUUCAAGAGGCUUGCAGACCUAAAGCUAGAUCUUUGAAUAGUUCAGCUGCACUUGCUGGAGCGAAUGCCUGCCCAUCACUCGGAUUAUUUCAGCUGGCAGAUCUAUCACAUGGGAUAUCAAAUGGAUGCUUGGGAUCUAAAUAGUAGGAUGUUCUUUAUAUGAUUUUCAGAAGAACGGUUCUGACCCUUUCUCAGUUCAUAUAUGGAAGAUCUCAGUGACAUUGGAUCGUUCUAAUAUAAUAGACACGCAAUUUUGGCUUCCACCAUUCGUUUGGCAUUUCAGCAACAGAGUACUCGGGACUGUAAAGUACCACCACACAAUGUAUACCAUGAACCAUGUACAGAGCUCUAACCCUGUAGUUACAUUCAAAUUUGAUUCUUUUCAUUGUAGCAUAGAUACAUAGGUCUUGUUUUUUCCCCCCUCAGAAUAUUGAGAUUUUGUCCGAAAUUCAUCACAAAAUUGUUGUAUAGAAGGAAUAGGAUAAGAAGAGAGGAAGUAGGAGAGUGGUUCUCUCAUUUGUGCAAUUGUAAUAUAAUCAUGCUAUAAGUUGUUGCCUUAGAAAAACUGCUUUUUCUUUCAUUGAUUCUUCUUUUAGUUAAAGAUAUUCUCAUUUAUUUGAUAUAAAAGCUUGUCUUCCUUAUCUUCU